AUGAAAGGAGCCAACCACUCAAUUGUGUCUGAGUUUGUGCUCCUGGGACUCUCCAGUUCCUGGGAAAUUCAACUUCUUCUUUUUUGCUUAUCAUCUCUGUUCUAUGUGUCCAGUAUGAUGGGAAAUCUCCUUAUAGUGGUCACUGUAACCACUGAUUCUUACUUACAUACUCCCAUGUAUUUUCUGCUUGCCAACCUUUCUGUCAUUGACUUGAUAUUUUGCUCAAUUGCAGCACCCAAGAUGAUAUGUGAUCUUUUCCGGAAGAAGAAAGUCAUCUCUUUUGGAGGCUGUGUGGCUCAAAUCUUCUUUAGUCAUGCUGUUGGAGGCACGGAGAUGGUGCUACUCAUAGCCAUGGCCUUUGACAGAUACGUGGCCAUAUGUAAACCUCUCCACUACAUGACUAUCAUGAGCCCACGAGUGUGCAUUUCAAUUUUAGUGCUUUCCUGGACCAUUGGUCUCAUUCACUCAUCGACCCAGUUGGUUUUUGUAGUAGCCUUGCCCUUUUGUGGCCCUAAUGUAUUAGACAGCUUUUAUUGUGACAUACCUCGGCUCAUCAAACUUGCUUGCACAGAUACCUACAAACUGGAAUUCAUGGUCACUGCUAACAGUGGGUUCAUUUCCUUGGGUGCUUUCUUAUUGCUUAUCCUUUCUUACAUCUUUCUCUUGGUCACCCUUCAGAAACACUCCUUAGGUGAUUCAUCCAAGGCUCUUUCCACUUUGUCAGCUCAUAUGACUGUGGUGGUUUUAUUCUUUGGUCCAUUAAUUUUUUUCUAUAUGUGGCCUUCACCUUCAACACAUAUGGAUAAAUUCUUAGCUAUAUUUGAUGCAGUUUUGACCCCUUUUCUCAAUCCAGUCAUCUAUACAUUCAGAAACAGAGAGAUGAAGAUGGCAAUGAGGCGAGUAUUUGGUAAGCUUAAGGAUUAUAGAAAAAAAUAA